CACUCGCCCUCCCGCUCUCUUCCUUUGUUCGGCAGCGCGUCCCCGGGGCCAGGGGCGGCUGGGCCAAGCCGCGGUCCCCCUCUGGCGCCAGCUGCUUUUAGCGGGGCGUUAGUUACAUCGGUGCGACUACGUGUCUGGAUGCCCGGAGGGUGAUUUCAGACGGGCUGGGUGAGGCUGGCUAACCCUGAUAUUAAACGAUUCAACAAGAUGUUUGCAAAAGCAACAAAAAAUUUUGUGAGAGAGACUGACUGUGGCGGUGACUUGAUCCCUGUAUCCCGCUUGAAUGACUCAGAUAAAUUACAACUUCUGAACUUAGUAACAAAGAAGAAGAAAUUGUGGUGCUGGCAGAAACCAAAGUACCAUUUCUUGACAGUCACGCUGAAUGAUGUGCUUACUGAAGACAAACCUAUAAAACCAGUUGUUGUUGAGUCUGACUUUGUGAAAUAUGAGGGGAAGUUUGAAGACUUUGUCAGAGGAAGUAUUGAAACUUCAUUUGGAAAGAUCAACCUGGGUGCUGGAGGAAAAGGCUUUGUAGAAAGCCAGUCUUCAUUUGGAAACCUAAAAAAGCAGGAGGCUGACUUGCAGCAGCUUAUGAAAGACCUCAAGGGAAGCACAGUGUUCUCUAGGGCUCCAGUCCUGCAUUGUGAUACACAUGAGCAGUUGACAGCACCCCAGGACUUCAGCAAUCUGCCCACGCAGAUCACAAUGACAAUAAAUCUAAACAAUAAUUUACUGCAACAAGUGCUAGAAAGAAAACAUGAGGUACUGUGUAUCUUGACAGAAAAGAUAGUAACAACUCAAAAGUGUUUGGUAUCUGAACAUGUUCAGACAGAAGAAAAAUAUGGUGGCAUGGUGGGACUCCAUACAAAAAUUGUGAAGGUUUCAGUGAGCGAAAAUGGGAAUGUGAGAAAGGAUUCCAAUGUGGUCUUAGAGAUUCCUGCUCCCACUGUGAUUGCCUAUGGCGUAAUUGAACUGUAUAUAAAGAGUGAUGGUCAGUUUGAAUUCUGCCUGCUAGAUGAGCAAGAAGGAGGUUUUGAAAGAGAAAACACAGAAGGCUCAUCUUAUCCAUAUUCUUUACCGAUUAGAGACUCUUCCUUUCUAUAUCAGCCAGACGCUGUGGAUAGUGACAGGCACUCUGGAGAUAGAAACAUCAUUCCCAGCGAUGUUUCCUUAAGUGUACUGAAACAAGAUCUGUUGCUGUUAAAGAUGCAGUUCCAACCCUUUGUGAAGCUUCCAGAAGACAAGCAAGGAGCUUUAAAUAAAAUAUUUUAUGAGCUCUUGCAUCAUGAAGAAAUGGUGACUGCACUGGAGGAGAUGUUAGAUAGUAUUUUCACAGGAGAGGAGCCAGAUUUUACAGACCUGAAGGAGUUGAAACCUCUACAGCAGCAAAACCUAACUGACUUCUUGCAGCUGGUCGGGUACAGUUUACAGAAUGAGCUGUUGCAGAAAGACCAACUUCAUUAUAAGGGACUCUUCUCAGCUGUUCACAUCCUGAUCAGUGCAGUGGCAGAAUUGUCUGACUGCACACUGGCUCUGCUGCGUGCUUGCUGUGAUAUACAAAUAAUCCCUGCCUUGUGUUGUCUGCCUAAUGUCGCUUCAACUGAUGGCACUUUGACACUGAGAGAUCCUGCCCUGGCCCCUCUCACUGACACAGGAAGAUUUCUUAUAGUGCAAAGGCUGUUUGCCCUGUCAAACAUUAACCUCGAAAUGAUGGAGUCUUCAGUGAAAGCUGUAACCAUGAAAGAACCUAGCUUUUUCCCAUUCAUUCUUUAUAUUGCAUUGUAUGGAUUUUAUGCCUUAGGUGGGACCAUCUGAGGGGAAUAAAGAAAAACCCAGAAUAAUAGCUGAAAUACUGCACUCAUAAAUGCCAGUUUUUUCGGUGCUAUAGAAUCCUGCCAAUUCACACUCGUAUUCCUGGGAGACAACUGCAAAUCACUGAAUUUUGUAACCAAGUGGGUAAGUAAAUGAACAUGAAAAAUACAAGGGCACUGCAUCCCAGCAUGUUCUUUGUUCAUUUAGGGCCUGGUCCUGCAGAACGCCCUCAAGUACUACUGAACUCAGCACUUUGUGGAAUCAGGCGUUUAUUUUGUCAAUAGUAGUUCAGAUUGAUUUAUGGCAAUCUGCACAGUAUAGCAAAUACUCCAUGUCUCUCAUUUACUUUCCUAACACUAAUCAAAUUAGUGAUUAGACCUCACUACAGCAUCUUUGCUGAUCACUUUUUGUGCCAGUUAGCAAGUUUCAGCAGCAUGCUAUGUUUAAAUUGCACCCUAAACUCUCCCUUAAAAAUGUAAUGAUUCCUUUUGAUGUGUAUGUAUGUGCUUCAACCUGGUUCAGUCCAGACAAAUACUUAUUAUACCCUUCUGACCUCUUCAGUGUGGUGGUUUUUUAAUAAAAGUAAUUCUCAGUGCAUUACUUUGCUAUCUGUCCUCUUUAAUCCUAACUGUUGUUUUUUUUUCCUCAUUGUGUGAAUGGAGAUAAAAUGUCCCUAUGCUCUGAAAAUACAAUGCAAAUGAUUGCAAAUGUUGUUUUGGGAAGAUUUGAGUUACGACUGAGGAUCAUGUUCUUAUACUGCACACAGUGGAUCAUAAAGUGAAAGGCAGCAUUGUGGAAGUGUACCUAGGCAGGAUGAAUGGUUCAGUAGUUAGGGUGCUAGCCUGGGAUUAAGGAGAUUGGAGUUCAGUUCUCUGCUCCCUUCCUAUGUGUCUUUAAGUAUGUCAUUUAGGGCCAGAUUAUCAAAGAUUGACACCCAGGGAUUUACAAGACGAGAUUUCAAUGGCCAUUAGGUGCCUAAACUGCUUUGGCGCUUUUGGAAAUUCCAUUAGGUGCCUAUCUGCAUCUUUGAGCACCUAAAUACCUUUAAAAAUCUGAUCCCUGGGCUCUGUGCCUCCAUUCCCCAUCUGUAAAACGGAGAAAACACUUCCCCACCUCGCAGGAUGCUCUGAGGGUACAUAC